UGUGCGCGCGCGAUUUCCGGCGAGGUUCGGCGUCAGUCGGUGCCGAGCCGCCGAGUCGUGCGGAUCGAAGCGAAGCGUGGGUUCGGGGAUUCGUCGCCGCCACUCAGGGGGUUAGUCGCGUGGCGAGUGCGUGCGAGUCUUGUGGGGGGCGUAUCUCGACGAAGGAUUCAAGUGACAAGGACGAGAGUGACAGAAGAGAUGAGCGGACUGCUGAAGCUGUCGGCCUCGUUGCUGCCGAGGAAUCUGUCCGGGACGGCGACUUUGAAUAAGCUGGGACUGCCGCUACUCAGCAACCGGAAGCUGCAUCACACACCGGACGGCCGAGCGGCCAAGAUCUCCGACGCGAUCUCCAAACAAUACCCGCUGGUGGACCACACGUAUGACGCAGUGGUGGUAGGAGCCGGUGGUGCUGGUCUUCGGGCGGCCUACGGCCUGGUGGCCGAGGGCUUCAAGACCGCGGUGAUCACCAAGCUGUUCCCGACGAGGUCGCACACGGUGGCUGCCCAGGGCGGCAUCAACGCCGCUCUGGGCAACAUGGAGGAGGACAACUGGCAGUGGCACAUGUACGACACCGUCAAGGGUUCGGACUGGUUGGGCGAUCAGGACGCUAUUCAUUACAUGACCCGCGAGGCCCCCAAAGCUGUCAUCGAGCUGGAGAAUUGCGGCAUGCCCUUCAGCCGAACCACCGAUGGCAAAAUCUAUCAACGCGCGUUUGGCGGUCAAUCGCUCAAGUUUGGCAAGGGUGGCCAGGCUCACCGAUGUUGCUGCGUCGCCGACAGAACCGGGCAUUCCUUGCUGCACACGCUCUAUGGCCAGUCGCUGAGCUACGACUGCAACUACUUCGUCGAAUACUUCGCGCUCGACCUGCUGAUGGAGGACGGCGAGUGCCGCGGUGUGAUCGCGCUCUGUCUCGAGGACGGAACGUUGCAUCGCUUCCGCGCCAAGAACACGGUGCUCGCCACCGGAGGCUACGGACGCGCCUACUUCUCCUGCACAUCCGCACAUACCUGCACCGGUGACGGCACUGCCAUGGUCUCCAGAGCCAAUCUGCCUAAUCAGGACCUUGAAUUCGUACAAUUUCACCCCACAGGUAUCUAUGGUGCUGGAUGUCUGAUCACGGAAGGCAGUCGCGGCGAAGGUGGUUAUCUGAUAAACAGCGAAGGCGAAAGGUUUAUGGAACGUUACGCGCCGGUAGCGAAAGAUCUGGCAUCGCGAGACGUAGUGUCCAGAUCUAUGACAAUGGAAAUCCGAGAGGGCAGAGGCGUCGGAUCGGAGAAGGAUCAUAUUUACUUGCAGCUACAUCACCUGCCGGCUGAACAAUUGGCCGCUCGAUUACCAGGAAUUUCAGAGACAGCGAUGAUAUUUGCCGGUGUCGACGUGACUCGGGAACCCAUUCCCGUCAUACCCACCGUACACUACAAUAUGGGAGGAGUACCAACGAAUUACAAGGGUCAAGUGUUAACAAGAGAAAACAAUGAGGAUAAAGUAGUACCCGGGUUGUAUGCAUGUGGUGAGUCAGGUUGUGCAUCUGUUCACGGUGCCAAUCGAUUAGGUGCCAAUUCUCUGUUGGAUUUAGUCGUAUUCGGACGUGCUUGCGCUAAAACUAUCGCCCAGGAGAAUAAGCCGGGCGAGACGAUCGGCUCUCUCAAGCCUAACGCAGGCGAAGAGACAGUGGCUAACUUAGAUUGGGUCAGAAACGCCAACGGUUCCAUAUCCACCGCGGACUUGCGGCUGACCAUGCAGAAAACCAUGCAGACGCACGCGGCGGUAUUUAGAGAUGCCGAAACCUUGCAAGAAGGCAAUCGAAAGAUGAUCGAUCUCUACAAGAAACUCGACGAAGUGAAGGUCGCAGACAGGUCUUUAAUAUGGAACUCCGAUCUGAUAGAAACAUUAGAGCUGCAAAAUCUUAUGAUCAACGCGAUGCAGACCAUUGUAGGGGCGGAGAACAGAAAGGAAAGUCGCGGUGCGCAUGCUCGCGAAGAUUACAAAGACAGAAUCGACGAGUAUGACUAUAGUAAACCGAUCGAGAACCAGCAGCCCAAGCCAUUUGAUCAGCAUUGGAGAAAGCAUACGCUAUCGAAGAUCAAUCCGAGAACGGGAGAGGUGUCUCUCGACUACAGACCGGUGAUCGACGUUACCCUCGACGAACAGGAAUGCGCGACAGUUCCACCAGCGAUUCGUUCCUAUUAAAUAAAUUCUAUAAAUAGAAUAUUAAAAACCAUCGCCUUUCAUCGAUCGCCUACGAAUUUUCUGCGCAAGAUUCUCGAUACUGUUUAAAUAAUCGUUUCAAUAAUACUUUUAGAUCGAAGUAACGGAACGGGAGAAUCGUCGUCGCGGCGAUCUUUGCUCUACUACUAUUACUGUGCGCAGCAAAGGUAUUAAUUUAUUUUACACACAUAUACAAACUUCAUAGUGCACCAAAGUUGAUUCUUGUCAUCGCUUGCGCCGCGAGUCGCGAGCAGGAUUAGUGAUCCUUGUAGGAUGCUGAGAUUAUUAUCUUCUCGUCUUGUACAGAGGAGUUCGCUCGAUCUCGCUCAGCGGAAUCGGUGCUUCAGUUUAACAUAAAAUAAUAGUCAAAACUAGAACGAAUCGCGGUAAACAGAGGAGCCCGGAUAUAGAAUACGGACAUUUUGAGGAAAUGCGUUUUUUCUUUCCUCCUGUGUAAUAUAAUACGACGUAUCCGGUUACGUAUCGCGAUCUCUUUGCGUUCAAGCCACAGUACAAUGAUACUCUCGCGUGCAAUGGUGCUUUCAUAGCUAAACACAAAUGAAGAACUCAAUGAAUAACAUCAUUAUGCUUGAAGUAUAAAAGUAUACAUUAUGUAAUAAAAUUCUUGUAAAUUUUAAUAAGAAAUUAUUAACGACAUUCAAAUACUCUGCUGGUAGGAGUUUCUUGAAUUAAUUAUUCAUCUUCUCUACAGGAAUUAUUUAUUAUACGAUCAUAAUUAAUUUUCGUAUUUUUUAUUUAUUAACAAAACAUUGGUGUUCUGUGAACUAUUGCACGCGAUAGUAUUUUAACACUAUACUGCAAUUAUUACAUUAUUUUCGAUGUCAAUUUUGUUUAUUGUAACUAUGUAUACAUAUAUUUUUAGCAUUACAGAGAUAUACAGAAUUGUUUGAAAAAAUUUAUUUUUAAAUACUCAUUUUUGUAAUGUUCUUUUUUUGCAAAUUUAUGGAAAUUAAUAUUCGCACCGUCUGUUAUACUUUUUCGUUUGAAAAUUGUUUGAAUCAUUUGAAUAUUUAUAGAUAGAUGUUAUCUAUGUGCAAAAAUAAUUAGAAGCAAAUAUUCUUUUAAAAAACAAUCACUUUUGUUGCGGCUGGAAUACUUAAAUAUUUUAUAAGAAAGGCGACAUAGAAGCAAUCCUUUUUGUUAAAAUGUUAAAACUAAAAACCAACUAUAUAUAUGUAUUAUUUAUUAUAUAUAAUAAUCUUUUACAAAAAAACACUGCAUCUUUUCAAAGUAAUUCAUUCUUUUCUUUAUUUAAGUCAAAAUUAUUUUAUUAUAUCUCAAGUUUAGUAUUAGAUAAGGAUAAGUGAUAAGGAAUUAAAUAAUGCAUAUUAAAUAAGUAAAUAAAUUUAUAAAUGAAUAAUAUUCGUGUAAUAUUUUAAUUUUUUACUAAUUAAAACUGUUUCUAUGUCGUUUUCUAAUAAUCGUACUGAUAAUACACUGCGUAAAAUGUGACUUUGAAUAAUGUACUAAAAUACGCGACAUAUAAAUAUAAAAUAUUAUCAUCUGUAUAAUUAUCUGUAAAAAGAUAGUGUGAACGUGCUGCUUGGCAUGAUCAAAAUGUACAUAAGAUGCGAAAAAUGUCAAUAAACCAUUGAUAGAUCUUUUAUUCAAUGGAACUAAAUGAUUCACUACACACGGUGGAUUAUUCUGGUAUAAGUACAUUUUAAAAACUUUACAUUUUAAAUAAAACUAUUUUGCCGCAA